UCUUGUCGGCUCUCAGCCUCGUUGUCUGGCGGUGAACUCUCACCCCAGCUGCUUGGGAAAUGUCAUACAGGCAGAGGCCCGUGCUGCAGUAGGGGGGCGUAAUAGGAGGAAAAAAUAACAACAUUUUUGUACUGCUCUCACUGCAUCUUUUAUCCGCGUCUCUGCCGUGCAAGUGCCACAUCCCGCUACCAGCAGCAGCAGAAGCAGCAGCCGCCGCCGAUUCCUAAUCGCAGUCUCAAUGCUUAUUUCGCAUUAGGCUAAUAUAAAAUCCGUGCCAGACAUGUAGCUGUGAAUUGGUGGUGUGGAGUCCUGCCUGGCAUCUCCAGUCAGAUGUGGAGGGAGGCCCAGGGGGGAGAACAUGAAGCUUCUCUUGAAGAUGUCUGUCCAACAAUCUAACUGGCUUGUAACGACGAUGCCCAGUCGAAGAUCCUGGGAUUGAUCCGUAAAUCCCUUUAAACUGAUGGCCUGGACUAAGUUUCAGCUGGCCUGCUGAAGCUAUGGGGAGCUGUUGGAGCUGUCUGUACAGAGACCCAAUCCGAGACAACCAUCUUACCAAAUUUAAGGUCACUAAUGUGGACGAUGAGGGCAAUGAGCUGGGAUCUGGGAUCAUGGAGCUCACCCAGACAGAACUCAUUCUCCACACACGUAAAAGAGACGCCAUCCGGUGGCCAUAUCUCUGCCUGCGCCGCUACGGCUACGACUCCAACCUCUUUUCUUUCGAGAGCGGUCGUCGCUGUCAGACUGGGCAGGGAAUAUUUGCAUUCAAGUGUUCCCGGGCAGAAGAGAUCUUCAAUCUACUUCAGGAGCUGAUGCAAUGUAACAGCAUCAACGUGGUGGAAGAGUCGAUGAUGAUGAGUCGCAGCGGUCACACACCAGAGAUGGAAAUGUCUCGCACACCACAGACUCCCAACACUCCAGCGUUCCCUGUUCAGGCUUUUCCUAAUGGAUACCCUGGUUAUCCAAUCAGAGGGGAAUCCUCCCAACCCUCUCUUGCUGACGACCACGGAAAUGGUCUCAUGGGUUUGGAAGACCAGACCCACACCUAUGUAAAUACUGUUAGUAUGGAGGGGGAUCUCUCUAUGCAUCACUGUGUGCACUCUCUGCCCGAGGUGCGACCGAACCCUUUCCCUGAAACACCCCGAGGAGCCAUGCCUGUCGGGGUGCAAGGAAAUCCGCAGCCCAACCUGCGGUGCUGUCCCCUGGAGGAGCAUAAUGACCCUCAGGUGUUCUUACAGCCAUCUUCGCAGGAGGUCAAAUUCAUGCUGGGCCCUACUCCGGCUCAGCGUCAUUUGCUGGAGAGAGAGAGGGACAGAGAGAGGGACAGAGAGAGGGACAGGCAUGGCCACAAUCCUCACAGCCUUCAGCCAGCAGAGGGUGCCACAGGCUCAGAGACGGAGGGAGACGAGCCCACCAUGCACAUGUGCAACUCUCACUCCUAUCCCCAUUUCCAUCACCACACACACCGGCACCCGGGCCUGGAGCACACGGACAGCUGCCAGAGCGGCGAGCUCACCUACGAGAACAUCAACGGGCUGAGGAGCGUCCGGAAGCAGCGGCUGAGUCCCAGCAGCGUGUCGCAGUCUGUGGGUUCGAGCAGCAGCAGCAGCACCGGGGACAGUCACACCCACUCCCUCCUGCACCCACACGCCCUCGGCCCCUCGUCACUGCCCCCCCAGGGAUACCCCUGUGAGAGGGGCAUGGGCGGAGGUCAUCGUCGGACAGCUCUGCUCAACUACGAGAACCUUCCCUCUCUACCACCGGUGUGGGAGUACAGAGCUCUGCAACGGGAUGAUGAACAGGAAGAGGAAGAUGAUGAGCAGGAUGAGGAGGAAUACGAGGAGGAAGAGGAAGACUUUGAUGAGUAUGAGUUCUCAGAAGGCCCUGGGACACCCAAUGGGUACCACCAGGAUGGUCGUGGCAUCCAUAGAGACGCCCUGCAGAACUACGUCAACACAGAGCAGGUCCAGCCGCCCCGGCUUCGACACGCUUGCCCCCCGCAUCCGCGGUCGUGUCAGCCAGACAGAGGGGGGCGAAUAUUUAGCUUUGAUUUCCGCGGACGGUCAAGGUCAGGGGUUGGAGGCUGUGAGCACGGCCACAUGCCUCCAUCGCGGCAAUUGAAUUACAUCCAGGUGGACCUAGAGGGAGAACCUCCCUGCCAAGCCCUCAGCAGUGGGGGUGCCCAGCCACAGCCACAGCCACAGCCACAGCCACAGCACCAGCGCCUACCACCCAAAAAAUGUGGCCCACAGGCACCCCGGCGCAGUGAAUGCUACGCAGUCAUUGACCUAAAGAAGACCGCUGCUAUGUCCAACCUGCAGAAAGCUCUGCCCAGGGAUGAUGGGACUUCCAGAAAGACUCGCCACAACAGCACAGACCUGCCUCUGUAAACGGUGUUCAAACUGAAGAGGAGCGACGAAGACAGAUGAAGGCUUAUCCUCAUCUUAGCACACUGGACCCUUCACUGUCAUCCAUCCAUUCAACUGUCGGGCUGACUAAUACAGUACAGGUACCUAAUUAGAAACUUCUGUGAAUAUAAAAGGAAAUGAGAAAUCUCUGAGGAGAAUUUGCCAUUUUAUUCUGUGUUAUUUAUUAGAUAUGUGGUGUGAAGCUCUCUCAAGAAAUUGGCAGUUUUGACUGCAAAUACGGUUUGCUGGAUAUUUAUACAUAAGCAUAAAAUCAUAAAUAUAAAUAUGAUUUUGUGCUUGGCUAUGACUUAAAGCAGAGAUCUCUGUUUUCAGCGGAAGCAGUCAUUGCCAUAUUGUUUUAGCAAAUUGAAAUUCAUUAACCCAUCUCCACUCACACACAUUAGUGUUUAUAUCAUUUAAGUAUUAUACAUCCAUGUGGUUUUUACUUAAAUAUGAUGAGUCACUCAUUUAAUUAUUUUCACAGAAGAAGAAUAGUAGUUGUUGGCAUGAAGGAAGGGUAAUGGUUCCUCCAAGGUACUGGCCAAUAUUCAUACCUCAUCACAAGCAUCUAAGUCUUACAUUGUGACUAGUAGAAGAGACCAUUAUUUGAUACUAUAUGCCUAAAGAGCAUUUUGCACACAAUCCUAUGGAAUUGUAUUUUAUCAUAUUUUAAGGAAUGGAUGUGUCCAGUCCAAGAAAAACUGGAUUAAAUGGACAAAAGAGAUGGUGAUAUUUGCAGAAUUAUUCUAAACUAUGGUAAAAGUAGCACACAUGGAUUAAACGAGCUUUGGCUCCCUCCUAUUCACAUGCAGCAAAUAAAAAGGUAGCAUAUCAUCUUCGAUCACCCCCCCCCCCGCACAUCAUCCCAGACCUGCAGGGGGUCCACAUGGUUUACGCUUGUCACGUUGCACUUUUGACCCUUGGCCACUAAAACGAUCGUGUCCUUUUUACCAAAAGCAGGGGGCCAAAUAUUUCAUGGACAUUCUUAGUCAGCAUCGUAGAUGGGAUUUAUUUACGUGUUUUGAUGGAGACAUCAACAACCUCAAAUAGUGGCAUUAAGCUGUAACCUCACAUAAAAAGAGCUGAAUCUAUAAUUUGUCAGUUAUCAGGUGUGUGUUUUUUUUAAAGAGUUAUCAAGUCUACAGUGAACAUUUUUGUGAGGCUAUUUAUCAACCAUAGUCAGAUAUUUAUUUAUUUAUUCAUUCUUUUAUUUCCAAUUGUAAUAAUUUUGUUAUCCAUGUGACGACCAGCGUUUUGUAAUCCAGUUGGUAAAACAGAGACCAAAGUUUCACCUCAAAUUAUCACUGGGCUCUGGUGUAUUGCUGUAAUAACUGUGCUUAAUUAUAUAUAAAAGAAAAAGGAAGACUAUUUAUAUUUUAAGUGCCAAAACUUAUUUUCAAACUGUAUGAUAAAUAAAAUCAAUUGUGCCAUUAGGAUUUAUAGAAAACAAUAACAGAGGCAUGAUGAGGUUAUAGAGGUCGGGAGACACACUUAAAAAAAAGAAGAAGAAAGAAAUCCAACUUUAAAGGAUAAAUUCAAACUACAAAACCUGCACAUUCCACCUCAUCCACAUCGACAGCCAUUUGGGAGUGAGAUAUAAGAAUGGAAAUCUUGUAGUCUGAUAAUCACAGCCAGGGUGGUUUUAUGCUGCUACAUGUACAUACUAACAGUAGCCUGUUUAAGCUACAGCGACUCGUCAAAAUGAAAGCUUGUGUGUUUGAACCUAUGCGAUGUCAGAUCUUUUACCAUGUUGUUUAAUAGCUAAUAGGGGUAGCAUUGUUGUCUUCUGAGCAGAAGAAAAAUCUAAUGUACCAUUUCAGAGAAUGUUUCUUUUGGCCAAUAUUUAAUUUUGUCAAUUGUUUUCUUGACACUGGCUGUGUGGCAGUGGAGGGGCUCAGGCGCACUGAUGCUGUCAUCUUUUUGUCGAGUGCUCAUAUCAAGGGGAUACUUUCAGCUGACGGAGGAAGGCCAAAUGUUCUAGAUUUUCAGAUUGUGGCAUUAAGCUGUAGUUUGCAGAGAUUGUUGACGCAAAUACAAAUCCUCAACUUCUGAUAAGGAGGGUUUUAUGGUUUCUGUGUUACAUCAGGUGCAAAUCAAAGAGGAUUUCUUGCUUCUGAUCGAUAAUUUAUUUAGAAAAACUACUUGCGGUAUAAAAGUUAAAAUCUCAGUUGACUUUUUCAGUCAAUCACAUGUCCCAUAAUGCACAGCAGUUUCCUGAUCUAAAGAUAGUACAUUUCUAAUGUAUGAAAUCUUCAUAAAUAAGAUGCAGCCAGCAGGUGUUUGUGCUUGAUGGUUUCCAAACCAAUAUAUUACAAAUAUGUUCAUGUGCUAAUUAAUAGCCUCGUAAUUUCUUUGUGGAUUUAUUGGUUAAAUGUUGGGUCCUAAACCCAAGGUGAUGUCUUUGAUAUUGCUUGUUUUGUCUGACAAACAAUCCAAAAUCACAAAAUAUUUUAUUGACAAGAAUGUUAAAUAUAAUUGACAAGCGAAAAAACUAAAUUGAGUAUUGACUUAUUUUAGCCUUUCUUGUUUAAUGGCAACAACAAUGUGACACUUCCCCACAGAAGCUUUAAAUAACCCCAAAUCAAAGGUUGAUCGUUUGUAUUUUGGUUUGAUCAUCAUACUUUAAAAUGACAUUUAAAGAAAUAAGCCUCUUAUAAUAAGAAAAAGCCCUUUUUCAAGCAGAGAUGUAUGACUGUAUUUGCAGAGAUAUUGUCAUUAUACAUUCGAAGGAUGUUUACAUUUUUGCAAUAAUACGUGAAUUAUUUUUUUGUGGAUUUCAAAUCAGACCAAUGUGUAAAGUGUGGCAUUUAAAUAGUAGUCUAUAAAACUGUGGGCUUUAUGUAUUUAAUCGCCUGUUCUUCUGUGAGUCAGCAGUCUUAUUUUUUUUCAGGUAUGAUGUUUACUUUUACGUUUAAUUUCAUCUUUGAAAGUAAAAAAAAAAAAGAUGCUUGUUUUUUUUCUUUGAUUGUCUGACACUGUGUUUGCUUAAACUCACACUAACAGUGCCAUCCAAUUACAUUUUAUUGUAUUAAACCUUUGAAAUCAGUGGCAAUUUUUCAUACAAGAAUAUGAAAGUGUUUCAUCUAGUUUCUCAGAAUAUUGUUACAUGUAGUUUUAUGGUCUUUUAUAGAAAUUCCAUGUUGAAAUGUGCUAACUAUCUUUGUUAUAACGCAGUAGCCUCACCACGUCCCAAACAUGUUAACAGUGAUCACAGCAUCAUUAACACAUUCCUAUGUUUACUGAAAGUAAUCAAAAAUAUAUAGUUAAAUAAUUGUUUUUCAAAGAAAUGUGACAUUUCACUUGAGUUCAAAUCAAGUGCGCUCCCAUCUCAUUAUUAUUGAUGGGAGUUAUUCACACGGCUUUCUCUGAGAUUAAUUAAUCAUGCGUUAAUCAUGGCAGGUCAAGUAGCAACAAGUAGAGAUAGCAACUCCUGUCAUUAUGUUCCUCAAACUGAAUUUAUGGAAUGGGUUGCUGAACACAAGGGCUUGCUCUGUGUCUACUGUACAAACAUGAAGCCAUGUAGUCCAUAUCAAGAAAUGUCUCACUGUGCCUUUCAUAUUCAAGCUCGAAAAACGGUUGUGAGUGCGGCCUGUUUAAAAGAACAAAACACCGCUUGUUGAACGUUUCCAGAUUGACAAAUCCAAUAGAGUCUUCAGUCAAAGUAGUUUUACGCUUCAAGCUAUAUUUCAUACUUUAAAUUGUAUUGGAAAAGAAGUGCCAACACCUGAUUGUUUUACACCAUACUGUAUUUUCAAAAUGUCAGUUUAGAUGAAUGUUUGCACAUUUUCGGAAACAUGCUUUCUUGAUGCAUUAGAUAAAAUCAAUGUCACUCAUGUUUCUUUGCUAAAUAUAGGGCUCAGCUCACAGAGGGAUAACUUAAAGACAGGAAUCAGGAGAAAAGUCAGGGUGGGUGUUAACCCUCGAAUUGCGCACCUUGUGGUCAUUGGCCAGCCAGUCUCGCAAGACUUUUUCGUAAAUCAUGUUAUAUCUGGUUUUAUACUCUGUCACCCCAAGUACACAUUCACAUGGAAAUGUCACCGUUAAGAAUUCCUCAGCAGGAAACACGCUGCUAACAGAAAGAAGAGACAGUCUUGGUAGAAAGGUUUUUCCUCUAUAAGCAAAUGAUUAAAUCAACAAUAAGGCUUACACAUACUUAUUAUAUCAAUACUGAUCAAAUAUUUAUCAAGACCUACCUCUACAUCGAAUUCUUUACAACAUUUUUUAUUUCAUUGAUUCCAAAUGUCAGUGUUAUCAUUCGUCUUUGCAAGAUGGAGAAAAAUGUUAAUCUAUUCCUUAAGGGUUUUUAGCAAAAAAAAUCAAUGAGUUCUCAUUUUUUGAGAUUACAUGCGUCAAGGUCUUUGGUACAAUCGGUUUAGGGGAUACAGUGAAAAAAGCCAAACUCAGUGUGACUGAAAAGGUGUUAAGUCACUUUGUCCUGUAGCAAAUAACAUAAAUGAUGAGUGAUACAGUGUGUUUUUCAUUAUAAAGUCACGUGGCUGUGGUGCACAGCAUGAUUCCUCAUCAGCUGCCUUCUCAGUGCUGAAGUAUGUGAAAAUAAAAUUCCUUUCAGAUCUUUUUUUUCUGAUUUGUAACAAUUCCAAAUGUUUUGCAUAAAUCAGAUGACAAAAAUAUGGUAAGAACAGAAACAAAGGCCAGCAACUCGGUUUGCACCAUAGUGCAACACAUCAUCUUCAUCAGCAUCAUCAUUAUCAUCUCCAUCUUCUUCUCUUAAUACAGAACAUUAUUAGUGACAUUGUAAAACCUCAACUUCCUGCCCAUGCUUUGAGAUAUAUCUCUGUUAAAAUACUGAAAGUAGCAGAAAACUGUAAUAUCUCUUUAUUAUUAUAUGUUUUUUUUAAAUCUUGUUUGUUUUUGUCUGGUAUGAGGAUGUGAUCACCACCAGAGGGUGAUGCAUAUGUACAGGUCUGAGCUGUACAUGCUUGUGCAUUUGCAUACAGUCUGCAUUGGCCUAUCUUUGUGACUAUUAUAUCAAUUUUCAAAUUGAGUGCCAAAUAUGCUCAAGCAUGAUAAAAACAUGGACCUUGAGGAUGCGAGUCUCGCUGCUGUUGUAGAGUCUUUUUGUGAUACGAAUGCACAGCUGAAAGUAGAAUCUUGCUAAAUAUUUUUGCUGAAAGAGGGAAACAUUUUUUAUUUUGUCGCCAACAUUUUUGUUGUAUGUUUCUGUGGUUCUACCCAUUGCUUAUAAAUGAUUAUGCAGUGAAUAUAAAACAUUUGCUUCAUUUGUUGGAGUGUCAAAAAGAAACAUUUGGAUCAUUUUCAUUCUUGAAUCAUUCCUCACAGAUAUGUUAUCUGACUCUUCAUCCCACCCUGUCCCAAAACAAAGCGAGCCUGACAUUUGGUGAAUUUUACCCUGAAUUAUAGUGUGGAUUUGUCCAAAAUGUAAAAGUAAAUGUAAUUCUAAUAUUAAAAUGAAGCUAUGAAAAUA